AUGGGUGUAAUGAGCAACACCUCCGAGACGGUCAUCACCCAUCCCCGUGAGGUGGUUUACGACUAUGCAAGCAACCCGACCACCUGGGGCAAGAACUACAAGGGCAGCGGUGGCAUGGUCGGCGAGGAAGAAAUGCACAAGGACCUGCCCUUGAAAGUGGGCUACACGUGGACCGAGAAAGUGACUCUCCCUCCCAACACGUACCACUCGACCUGGACCCUGAUCACGGCCGUGCGGCCGUUCAAGUGGGCAAUCCAGCAGAUCAAUGGCAUCGGGAAGUUGCCAGACGGGACGGGGGGUGUUGAUGGUAUCUGCACCAUCACUUACACAUUCGAGGAGGCAGGGCCGGGCCAGUGUCUCUUCAGGAGAAAUCUGACCUGCGAGUUGCCAAAGGGGGUCGAUUGUGCCGAUGAUUUGUUGACAGUCAUGGCUCGCCCCGCGGGGAUUGAUCGAUACCAUGCCAACAUCCAAAAACAAUUGGACGAGGCAGCAAGGAAGUGA